AUGGAAUGUGACAUGGCAACCUCGGAGCAAGCAUCAUGGGCAGACUGGUGUACAUCUCACUUAAGAAUUGUUCUUCUUGGUGGGAGGAACAGUGGGAAGAGUUUAGUGGGGAACCUCAUCCUUGGCCAGGAGGAGUUUGUGACUCAGGAGAGGACUUCGUGCUGCAGGAGGCUGGCCACGGUGGCCGGCAGACUGGUGACUGUUGUGGACACACCCGGCUGGUGGUGUGACUUCAGGGCAUGGGACACGGCACACAUCAUCAAACAGGAGAUCAUAACCAGUGUUUCGCUGUGCUCACCAGGACCACACGUUUUUCUGAUUGUGGUUAAGGCCAGCUCCUUUCUGGCAGGAAAACGUCAGAAGACCCUGGAGGAGCACCUGGCUUUGCUAGGAGAGAGCGUGUGGAGCCACUGCAUGGUUCUCUUCACGUCUACUGACUGUCCUGCAUUCAGAACAACAGACAUGCAUGUGAAGGCCCGUCAGUGGCUUAGUGACAAGUGCAGACACAAGUGUCACACUCUCGUCUUAAGGAGUAAUGUUGUUGAUACUCAAGUCAAAGACGUGCUGGUGAAGAUACAGAAAUUUGUAACUGAGAAUGGAAACCGACAUUUUGAAAUGCAGGAAAGCAUUUUACAAAUAACUGCAGAAAAGAAGAGACAAGUGGAGGAAAGGGCCCUGCAGAGGUUUUUGAAGAUGAAGAAACAGAGAUCCUUACUGCAACAAACAUCGCAUUACCUUUCCGACAUCAGAAUUGUGCUAGUUGGAGCAAAGGGCUCUGGAAAGACUUCCACAAUGAACACAAUCUUGGGUCGAGAGGGAAAUGUGGGAUAUGGGAGGACAGCCCGUUGCAUGAUUGAGGAGGGGUCUGUUUCUGGAAGACACGUGAGUGUAGUAGACACGCCUGGCUGGUGGAUGAACUACUUCACUGAAGACAGUUCCAUCUUUGACCGGAGAGAGAUAGCACGCAGCUUAUCUCUCUGCCCUCCAGGGCCCCAUGCCUUACUGCUGGUUGUACGCGUGGAUAGGGCAUUCACAACAACUUACAGAAGAGCUGUGCAGGAGCACCUGGAGCUCAUCGCUGAGAACAUCUGGACUCACGUCAUUGUUAUUUUUAGCUUUGGGGACUGGCUGGGUGACACAACAAUUGAGCAAUAUAUUGAGAGUGAGGGGGGACCUCUCCAGUGGCUUGUAGAAAAGUGCAGUAACAGGUAUCACGUUUUCAACAAUAAAACCAAAGGGGAUGGAUUCCAGAUCAGGGAAUUGAUGGGAAAGAUAGAGGAAAUGGUGGCUGGCAACAACAGCUGUUGUUGUGAAAUGGAGUUGGAGUUGCUGCAGAAGCUGGAGGAGGAGAUGAGGCUGGAGAAGGAGAGGGCCAAGGGCAGACUGAUAAUGCAAAAGAAACAAAGACAGGUGGCAAGGUCUCAAUUAGAGAAGCUCAACCCUCUACCAGAGCUGAAGAUAGUGCUAGUAGGAGGCAAAAACACAGGUAAGAGCUCAUCUGGAAACACCAUCAUGGGCAAAGAGGUGUUUGAUACAGAUGGCAAAACUGCUGUUUGUGUUGAAAGACGAGGCCAAGUUGGUGCCAAGACAGUGACAGUGCUGGACACACCAGGCUGGAUGUCGGUGAAUCCUGACCUUCUGACCACUCCUUCAUCCUGUGGGCUCACUGCUCUCCUCGUGGUUGUCAAUGUGAGCUCCUCUUUCACCCAGGCUGUUUGGGAAGCCAUGGAUAAGCAGCUGGAACUGUUAGGAGAGAAGGCGUGGGACAAAGUGAUGGUCCUGUUCAGUUACGGAGACUGGUUGGGGGAAACAAACAUAGAAGAGCAUAUUGAGAGUGAGGGCAACCUGCUGCAGAGGCUUGUUGAGAGGUGUGGAAACAGAUAUCAUGUUCUGAACAAUAAAAGUUGGGGUGACAGAGCCCAAGUUGAUGAGUUACUUGAUCAGAUAGAGGAGAUGUUAGUGGAGGGGAGAGUUUCUAAUCUGGAGAAAGGCCAUCAGAUGGGGCAGACCAUUAAAAUGGGGCAUGUGGUGCAGCUGGAUGGAGUGACACAGUACACAGAGGAUUUAAAGAAGUGUACAAGCCACAGAGAUCAGCUGUCCUGUGAAGAGCAGCCUCCAACUCAACACAGAGCACUGACGGAUGGCAAAGAAAAUGCCAAUGAUGUCUACCCACUUUGCCAUGCUAGACAGAGAGAGAGAGCUCUUAUAGAAUUCACCACGUUAGGAUGUCUGCAGGAGAUGAUUGACCAGUGGGGCAGCAGUAACCUGGAGGAACUGGAGGCCUUUAUUGACUCCUACUUUGAGGUGGUGUGGGAGCAAGCUAUGGCUUCAUUGAUGGCUAAACAUGAUUGUUCCACCAGUGAUAUCCCAGACCAAGACAGUGUUGUAGAUGAUGCUGCUCAAGAUGUGCUGUCUUCCAUUGACAAGAAACUCUCCAAACUGGACCUGCUCGAGGAGAUCCAAAGAGACAUGCAGGAGAUGAAGCUGAGUCUGUUUGCAGCUGGAGGACCAUUCAGAAACGAAGACAAAUGUGAAGGAAAAGCACCAGCAAUACAGAAAGGUCAGGACUGGAAGAUGGAUGAGGCGUUGGAGCAGGAGCUGCAUCGCUUUGGGAAGCCUGUGAGCAGCUUUAGGACUGUGGGCUUAGUCUGUGGGGAUGCAGUGGCCACUACAGGGAAGGUUGAGGUAUUCGCAGUAUCCAUCGCUGAGGCAGAGCUUGACGCAGAUUCAGGAGCUGACAUUGAAGUGGCUGAGGUCUGGUUCAGUGAUGAGUCGCCCUUUUACAGGUUCAACAUUUACUUGGUCGCAGAACCCAAGGUUUUUAAAUCUUGUGUCCAGGAAGGUGCUGACAGGAAGACCAUAAAAGGUUGA